CGAAAAGGAACCAGACUUGAUCGCGCGGCAGAUGCGUCGUCUGCGCCCUGCCGUAUAUCGUAUUGGGGUUGGAAUGCCAGUACCUCGUAUAGGGCACCAGUAGGAUUGAGAAGGCAGCAACUUUCCUGGGAGAAACGGAGGUCAUGUCAUCGACUUUGCUGUGGCAUUGGUGAACAUUGAGUGUUUCACGGCGGUGUGAGCGGGAGAUGGGCGCUGGAUGUGUUUGUUCGACAGGGCGAGAUAUCAGCUGGCCUCCUUGAACGUGUCUGACAGUAUGAAAUCUGCCAGUAUUGGUGCAAGCAGUCUUGAUCGACACUUGUCAGACGCAUUCAUUAUUGCGAUCCCAUUCCGCGGCACGUGGCCCGUCGACUGUCAUCGACAAAACCCCCUUGAUCAUCCCUCCAACCUCUCCAUGCAUGUCGAAGCCUCGAAUCUCGUCAAUCACUACUACGCCUGACACAGCGGCUCAAAUCAGCUCUCCUUCCCAAAUUUACGGUCGCUAAACACAGUCGUUUCACCACCACAAGGCGACCUUGUUGGUCUGCUCGUCUGUUUACCCCUCUCCAUAACAUCCCAUUGACUGCCUUCCUCCCCGCCACCAUGGAUCUCGCAUACGAUCAUAUCGCUGAACAAGCCUACAAUACCGGUGAUCGUGCCACUACGCCUACCCCUGCAACGAAUGCCUCCUCAAACUCUAACGAUACCUCCACGCCAAAGACAAGCUCCCCUAGACAGAGUCUCCAAUCAGAGUUUCAGGAGACCUUCAAAGCAUUUUCCAAUUCACAAUGGGGCGUCAAGCUAGGUGGCCUCUGGGGAAAUGUCAGAAAGCAAGGAGAAAGUCUCUACGAGGAGGCAAAGAAGGAGGCUGCUGAAAUGGCUAGCGAUAUGGAAGCCUUGCGCCUGAAGGGUGUCAAGGGAUUGGGCUUUGGGGCGGAGCAGAAAGAGGGAGAGAAUACCUCAGGAACAGACGGGGACAUAGAAUCAUCCAGCACCAGCAAAGAAAAUGAGCAAAACAAGACAAUCCAGGAGACGGAGACAUUCCUCGAGCGGUUCAAGGCCGAGGCUGCAAAGAGACUGAAAGACGUGCAGCGAGCGGAAGAUGCUGCUGAUGAAGCGCUCUUGAGGUUCGGCACGAACAUCAGAAACUUCCUGCGGGACGCUGUGUCGGUGACCGCCCCUGACGACCAAGAGGCUGGCAACCGCCAGGCUGGGGAGGUGCUGUUUGAAAGUAGAGAUCCUACCUCGGGCAAAAGAGUCAUCCACACAAGCAGAUUCGAUGCGCAGCUACACGUCAUCCACACUACAAUGACGAGCUUCACUCAGGAUCCAAGCGGCGCGGGCGACCAGUGGGAUGGCUUCAAAAGGGGGUUCGACAUCGACGAGAUGACCGCACGCAUUGCAGAAGACCUUGACAAGUAUCGGGAGUUGAGAAGCUCCAUGGAGAAGCUCGUGCCAGAGAAAGUCGAGUACAAGGAUUUCUGGACGAGAUACUAUUUCCUGAGACAUGUCGUGGAGACGCAAGAAGAAAAGCGGAAAGAGCUUCUCAAAGCAUCUACGCACGAAACAGAGGAGGUUGGCUGGGACGAGGACAGCGACGAGGAGCAGGGCGCUUCUUCUUCGACGCCCCAGCUCCGGAACGAAGCAGUGCCCAAAGUCCUGGUCGCACAGAACACCAACGACUCCUCGACCACGAUACACCAGACGCCCGCGUCCGCGUCCGCCGACCCGACUUCGCUGAAACCCGAAGGCCGGCGAUCGCACGACGAGAAGUCCGUCGCCGACAGUGACGCCAGCUAUGAUCUCGUCAGCGGCGCCAACAGCCGGGCUCCAGGGAGCCCGAAGGACGACCUCGGCCGGUCGCCCACCAAGGCGGAGGAGGAGAGCGAUGAAGAGGACUGGGAGUGAGGAGAGUUGUGCUGUCGCUGCUGCUACUGCUCUUGGCUCUCGAUUGGUAUUGAGUUUAUGCCAUGUACCUAAUAAUGAUACCCUGCCACCACCACCACAAUACAAAACAAUACAAAACGGU